CUUUGUCCUUAUAAAGUAGAUAUAGCAACGGCUCUAUAUUCAUUAUAGUCUGAGCUCUGCUUACACAGCUCCGCUGGUGUUAGAUUGCGAAGCUCAUGGAGAUUCUCGACAGGGAAAUACAGAAGGUCAAGUCGCAGAUAGAGGCGACGGAGGAUGAACAAACAGCAUGCAGGGAUAAAGAUAAGUUGGCUUACUUGCGCGAGAUGGAGCUCCAACUCCGCGAGAAGGUGCUCCAACUCCGCGAGAAGGAGCUUCAACUCCGCGAGGAGAUGCUCUUGCGUCUCAAGAUGCAGUUUAACGAGAAACAAGUCGGGUAUCGGUAUUCUCGAAGCCGGAAAAAGGGCGGGCCCCCCCUGCAUCCGUACAGGCCGGUAGCUAGCGCGGCACGUGUGACAAUUGAUGGGUAGUGUCAACGCGGUGGGAGUUGUGCUUUGUUGCAGCAGUGCUGAUGGUGUGGGAGCUAAGCCUGCACCGGCGGAAUCGUCAGCACCUCCUGCGGGCUCCACGCGAAUCGCAUCCAUCCCAUGGACAGUGCAGCAGACCGCAAGUCGGAAUGCCCGUGCGGGCAAAUGUAACGCAAGCUGGGUGAAGUUCGGUGCUGUCUGUGAUGUUUAUCGCCGAAGCGCCAGCGGCCUCAGCAAUCCGCCCCACAGCCGCGAGCUUCAUCGCGGCACACCACAAGUCUCCGGAGGCCCCGAGCAUUGGCUAAAGUAAAUGUACAAACGAGCAGCUUGCGUAUUUCAUAGAGAAAUGUAAGCAAAUUUGUCGGCCUGCUUGUGGCAAGUCGGAAUGCGUAACACAAGCUGGGUGUUC